AUGGUUGAUGAGGAUAAAACUCAAGGCACACCUGCAGAAGCUACACGCUUGAAGCAGGGUGCAAAACAGAAAAAAACAAAAGUAAAAACCCAAAGUCUUGAUAAUUUUUGGACACGUCUCCAAUCGGCUUACGGCGCCAUAAUUGAAACUGAAGAUUCAGACUUACCUGAAAAUUUUAAAUCCUCGGCUUACUCCAAAUACGAAAACUGCCUUGACCAAUAUGAAGAGACAAAAGCUAUGAUCUCCGAUCAGCUCAAGUUAUUAAACCCAGUUAGCGCACCUACUCCACCCCCGAGAGUAAAAGUAAGCCCAAUUCAAGAGAAAAGCUCCGGCAUAUAUCUCAAAGUGCCAGCAUGUGACACGGAAACUUUCCAUGGGGGUUAUGAACAAUGGCCGUCCUUCCGGGACAUGUUUACAGCCGUAUACAUAAAUCACCCAAAAUUGUCACAAGCACAAAAACUGUACCACCUCAGGUACAAGACUAAAGGUCAAGCCGGCAGUAUAGUGAAGCAAUUCGCAUUAAAUGACGAUAAUUUCAAUCUGGCUUGGGAAGCAUUAAAGGAAAGAUAUGAAAACGAAAGAGUACUGGUUGAUAAACAAGUAACGAUUUUAAUGAAUCUACCGAAAAUUCAAAAAGAAACGAGUGAAGAGUUUAUUAAAUUACAGUCCACUGUCUCAAACUGUCUAUCAGUCUUAUCCACUCAAAAUAUUCCCACAGAUAACUGGGACCCUAUUCUG